AGUCGCACGCUUUCAUCCUUGCUUCACUUUCUCUUGAAUGGGACAGUGUGAGAGCGCGCGGUGGGGAGCUGAGCUCUUCGGGUUUGGCCGCAGACGCGCGCUGUGGCUGCAGGAGGACGCAGCCACAGCGCUGAUGGCUCAGUGACAUCUGAAUCCCGUGGUGUGUUGUCAUUUCUGCAGAAUAACAGCGAGCGACGUGGAGCCCGAGGAGGACAUAAUCGGACCGUCCUUUUGCGCUGUUGUUGGUUGGACAUAGACACUGGAUGGCCUCUAGAUGCACUUUGUACAGGGAAGUUCGCGUGGAAGCGAUGGGACGUUUUUUUUUACAUGCGAUGUCAGACGACAGCUGACCGCAUCUCUGGAUGCUGGUGAGUUCACUCACUUAGAAAGAAGAUUACUAACAUCCCCCUGAUUUUGGACUGCAGGCCAGACACAGAAGAAUCAGUCAUUACACAAAGGAAUUAAGUCACCUCUAACCUUUCAUCACUACAGCUCAAAUGAUGUCAAAUCUAAUUUACAAAAUCAGGUUUCAAAUGUCCAAUUUGGAGAGGAUUCGCCUCGGACAUCCGAUCUUAUCUUUUACCGGAAGUUGCAAUGUAGGAGAUUUUUUGCGAGGCUGGAGAACAGGAGCCUCCUAGAUUCCAAUCUUGUGGAUGAAAAUGUAGCACUAUGACAUAAACUCCUCAAACCCGCACAUGUUCAGGGAUGGAGCUCGUGAACUUUACGACUGUCAUCGACAAUGGGUUUUUGGACGAGGCGCCAUCGAGCCGUGUUCUGACUGGCUGCUUCCUCUCGCUGCUCAUUCUCACCACCUUGCUGGGGAACACACUGGUUUGUGCAGCCGUCACCAAGUUUCGGCACCUGCGCUCUAAGGUGACCAACUUUUUCGUGAUCUCGUUGGCCGUGUCCGACCUCUUGGUUGCCAUCUUAGUGAUGCCGUGGAAGGCGGUAACGGAGAUCACCGGGUUCUGGCCAUUUGGCUCCUUUUGUGACACCUGGGUGGCUUUCGACAUCAUGUGCUCCACGGCAUCCAUUUUAAACCUCUGCGUCAUAAGCCUGGACCGCUACUGGGCCAUCUCGAGCCCCUUUCGCUAUGAGAGGAAGAUGACACCCAGAGUGGCCUAUGUGAUGAUCAGCGUGGCCUGGACGCUGUCUGUCCUCAUUUCCUUCAUCCCGGUGCAGCUCAACUGGCACAAGGCCCAAACUAAAUCUUACACCUCUCUCACUGGGUCAUCUGUCUCUCUGAGAUCAAAUGCUACAUCUCACAGCAGCCUAGAGAAUUGUGACUCCAGCUUGAACAGGACCUACGCCAUCUCCACCUCUCUCAUAAGCUUCUACAUCCCUGUGGUCAUUAUGGUGGCCACCUACACCCAGAUUUACCGCAUCGCCCACAGACAAAUCAGGAGGAUCUCUGCCCUGGAACGGGCGGCCGAAAGUGCGAAGAACAGACAUGACAGCAUGGGCGGAAGUUCCAGCAUCGCAGAGUCCGAGAGCUCCUUCAAAAUGACAUUCAAGAGGGAGACAAAGGUGCUGAAGACGCUGUCUGUGAUAAUGGGGGUGUUCGUGUGCUGCUGGCUCCCAUUUUUCAUCCUCAACUGCAUGGUGCCCUUCUGCGAGCAGUCGAGCGGAGGGGAGGCUUUCACCUGCAUCAGCCCCACCACGUUUGACGUGUUCGUGUGGUUCGGCUGGGCUAAUUCCUCCCUCAACCCCAUCAUCUAUGCCUUCAAUGCAGAUUUCCGCAAGGCCUUCUCCAUCCUGCUGGGCUGCCAGAGACUGCAUCCAGGAGGCCACAACAUAGAGACGGCCAGUCUAAACAAGAAAUGACUCAUGACUCUCUCACAGCACUGACUCAUCCCUUAAUGCUAAGAGUCCAAGAGUUCCUGUUGCAGCCAGUCUCAUCAACUUCAUAUCAGGACGCCGCUCACUGUGCUAACGGUUUGAUUGACUGAGCGAUACUGUGAGCUUGUAUGUGCCCACGUUUGGAUUAGGUGAGUGGUCUGCCUAUUGUGCAGACUGUCUAUGCUCACUGUGGUUGCUACGCUGACUUCAGAAGACAGAAGCUCCUGAAAAAGGAGAGGGGAUUUGGGAUUAAGUCUCCCCCGCUGUUAUGCCUGAGAUCUGGGAGUGCAGCGGCGCUGACACACUCCUGGAAUAGAUAAUCCCAUGACUGGGCAGCCUAAUGGUGUCACACAUUGCUCUCUUCAGUACCACCAUACGCAGAUACACAAAAGGAAACACUGUCAAAACAUGCUCCUCCAAAUACAGUGUAACUGUAGAACCCCGCAUGCACACUACAGCAAAUUACACGACACAUAAACACUCGUUACAUUUAAAUCCUGGGCUCUGCAAGGACCCCUGCAGUAAAGCAGCGAACCAAAUCACGCUGAGCAAAGGGAUCGGUAAAAUACAUCCACAAGUGACUUAAUCUUACAGCCGGAAUGAAACCAGAUUUGAUCUAGAAUAUAAAUGUUUGAAAAGAGAGCUUGCAGAAGUGGAGACACAGACAUGAAAAAUGCAGAUUUUCUAACUGCAUAUAAAGGUUCAUAAAUGUUAUUUAUAUAUCAUUCAAAUGUCAAAUUGUUACAACUUCAAACCAAAUUUACUCAACAAGCACCUCAUGAAUUAUUUGUUCACUGGUUGAAAGUGUUUUAUGGAUGAGUGUCUCAUAUUACCGCGUGUGUCCUGUAUUUUUCCUGAACAACAGCUGAUGACCUCUUUCAGGGAAAAGCUCUGACAAAGGUCUGGUGUGACUUGAUUUGGACAUCAAACACAACAGCUAACAGCUGAAUUAGGUUUGAGUCAAACUGCUGCUCUUUACAUUGAAAUAUUCGAGGAUCGUUAUUAAUAUAAUAUCUAUUAAUAUAUAAAAAUGGGUCUUGUUCUUAUAGGCUUGGUUCCGAUAUUCCUAUUUCAGUUCAAUUACCAAAUCAAAUCAGGGCAUGAAACAGAAGCUGCCAGAUGAUCAAACAGGUGGCAAACAAGCCCUCGGUUUAGAUUAUUAAAGCCACCUUGCUUGGAGGCGCAUUUGAAAGAACACAGGAAAUGUCGCUACUAAUCCUUAAUAGCACAAGAGAACUGUAUGGCUCAUACCAGGGCAGUCACUCAAAAUUUAGGUUAGAAAGAGAGAGCAAGAAUAUAAUUUAUUUGAAUGAAUUUCAAAACAAAUCGCAACUUUUAUUGUAGAGUAAACGUUCAGUUCAUUCAAUACUUCUUCCCUCUUUCCUUGAAAAAUAAACUAAUGCAGCUGAAAUGCUUUCUACAAAGUCAGGAAAUUGUUUUAAUAUUGUCCAUUAUUGGAGCUGGAACCUGGUUUAUUGAGCACAACAUGAUUUGCAAUGAAUUAGAGGAACAGUGCAUUUUAGAAAUAUCUGAAUUCAUUUCAUGUUGUGCUUACACACCAUACGCUUUUAACAAAUAAUUACAGACACGAGUUUCAUUAUUUCUCUACUUUGAAUGUACUGCAGAUUGACUUUCAAAUAAAAACAGACACGACUAAGGGAAGCUCCUUGUUGAAUGAGGAAGUCUGUCUGUUUGGGUAAUAAUUACAGUUUCCAUUUUUUUCUAAGGGUUUGAUUUUUUUUCUUCCAUAUAAAUUUGACUAAGCUGAGGGUUUGUUCUCCAGCCUGUGAUCUGAUUAUCUGACUGCUUGUAUUUCUCAUUAGAUGUAUUUUUAGACGCCUGAUCCCAGAUUUCAGGAGAUGAACAAAUAGCUCCACAUUUGGAAAAUAUGCCUAUUAGCUGAACAGUUAAUUGAUUUCAAAUGGAAUGGACUUAGCAAUGAGACUAAUGCUGUGAUUCAGCUGUAUUUAAUUCGAGCAGAUAAAAACUUUCUCGGGCUCUUUAUUUUUGCCCGUUGACCAAUUAGCAGUAUGUUGUUCAGUCGUUAAUGUUGUGGUUCGACUGAGAUAAGCCCAGACUCAGAAUCAUUACUCAGUAUUAACACCUGGUACAUUUUGCAGUGUCUGAUCCUGAAUUUAAACUGUUGUUUUACAAAUUCAUGUUGUCCUACUUGAGUGACAGUCACACGUUUCAUCAACAUGUGUUAAAUCUAUUACACAUCAACUGUAAUGCAAAAACAAGAAUUAUAUCGCAAACUAAAUUACAAUAUCUGUCACAAAAACUGCAAUGAAAUAUUUUCACCAAGUCAUUCUGCUGUUCUUUUAGCUAUCUUUGAGUACUGUACAGAGACAGUCGGUAACAUCACCUGAACAGCAGUUUUGAAGCUCGGAUGGCCUUUUUACAUCUCUGGGUCAUGUUCUGUCCUAAAACAGCAGCUAAUUGUCACUCAAAGUGGCCGCACUGAUAAUUAUUGAUAACUUCAAGGCAAAAUACAAUUCAAACAGGCGAGUUAUUUUGAAAUUCACCUGCUGUACAGUUUUCACAAGCGAACAAAUUAGCUACAUAGACCAAAAACGAUUUUCAUACCAGGCUGUAAACAUAUAUAUUUGUGCUGUAAAGUUGCGCAUAUCAGCAUACUGAUCUGUGAGGACUGACUCUUUAGGAGCCAGAUUCAAGCAGUCAUUCGAGGAACUGCAUAUAACUUGAUAUAACACCACAACUCAUUUCAGGACUUUAAAUCAGAUUAUUUGCAUAAAAUGAUUAAAACAGUGAGCUUUAGAACUGCUGGUAAACUUUAUUUUGCUUUUUAUGUAACAUUUAGCCAGUUAUUUUCCCACUACUUCCAAAAAGCUUUGCUAAGUUAAGCUAACCUUCUUUUGGCUUUCAUGUUUCACAGACAGAUAUGAAAAUGCUACCGACCCUCUAAUCCAUCUCUUGACAGAAUCAUUCACAGUUUAGAGAAAUCAGGGCCAGAAUUAUGAGAAUAAGACCCAGGACUUUAUACCAUUGCAAGAAUGAACAUGAAGAACUGGACAGCUCCUCCGCAAUGAGUGAGCAUUACUGACACAAACAAAUUUGUAAGUGUAUGUUAAAGUUAUUACUUUAGAAUAUGCAGGUCUGACCAUUGCGUACCUGUUUGUGUUGCAUUCAUAACUGUGUAACCCAUCAGAAGAAACAGUUGUGUGGUGUCUGCUUCAGCCAUGUGGAAACAUCUCAAAGCACAGGUUAAUAAACGUUUGUGUCCAUUUUUAUAAAGUCCACUGUGUGGUGUUUGUGAGUUUGGCCGUGCAGCUUUGACCUCCUCGUAUCAAACUUCCUGAAGCCAAUUUCACACCAGAGUCUAAAGGGUAAAAAUCGAAUGGGACCAGCUGUAUUUCACGUCCAGAACUUCACUCCCACAUACCUCUGGUGUUCGUGUGUCUGUUCGUUCUGGUGAUGUAUUGCCAUCAUUAGCAAAGUGAAGCACUCGAUCUGGAGUCAUGAAUAGCCUGAAAUAAUAAAGUAGUGCAACUGCUGCGGCA